GGCUGGGCUCUCCUCCGGCCGCCGUUGCUGCCGCCGCCUCCGCCCGCCGCGCGGACCGAGGGAGCGGGUGGCCGCUGCCUGCGCGCCCGGGGCCGGGGCUGCGGUGGGCCAGGAUGUCGGGCUUCCUGGAGGAGCUGCUGGGCGAGAAGCUGGUGACGGGCGGCGGCGAGGAGGUGGACGUGCACUCCCUGGGCGCCCGCGGCAUCUCGCUGCUCGGGCUCUACUUCGGCUGCAGCCUGAGCGCCCCCUGCGCGCAGCUCAGCGCCAGCCUGGCCGCUUUCUACAGCCGCCUGCGGGGGGACGCGGCGGCCGGGCCGGGGGCGGGAGCCGGAGCGGGGCCGGGGGCCGGGGCGGCCGCGGAGCCGGACUCCCGGCGCCGCCUGGAGAUCGUCUUCGUGUCCUCGGACCAGGACCAGCGGCAGUGGCAGGACUUCGUGCGAGACAUGCCGUGGCUGGCGCUGCCCUACAAGGAGAAGCACAGGAAGCUUAAACUUUGGAACAAAUACCGAAUUUCCAACAUUCCAUCACUGAUAUUCCUAGAUGCCACCACCGGGAAGGUUGUGUGCAGGAAUGGGCUGCUGGUGAUCCGUGAUGACCCAGAAGGUUUGGAAUUCCCUUGGGGACCUAAGCCCUUCAGGGAAGUCAUUGCAGGGCCCUUGCUUAGAAAUAAUGGGCAGUCCCUGGAGAGCAGCAGCCUGGAGGGGUCUCACGUGGGCGUCUAUUUCUCCGCACACUGGUGUCCCCCUUGCCGAAGCCUCACCCGGGUCCUGGUGGAAUCCUACCGGAAGAUCAAGGAGGCAGGCCAGAAAUUCGAGAUCAUCUUUGUUAGUGCAGACAGGUCAGAGGACUCCUUCAAACAGUACUUCAGCGAGAUGCCCUGGCUCGCCGUCCCCUACACCGACGAGGCCCGGCGGUCGCGCCUCAACCGGCUGUAUGGAAUCCAAGGCAUCCCCACCCUCAUCGUGCUGGACCCGCAGGGGGAGGUGAUCACGCGGCAGGGGCGGGUGGAGGUGCUGAACGACGCGGACUGCAGGGAGUUCCCGUGGCACCCCAAGCCCGUGCUGGAACUGUCCGACUCCAACGCCGUGCAGCUCAACGAGGGCCCCUGCCUCGUCCUUUUUGUAGAUUCUGAGGAUGAUGGGGAGUCCGAGGCGGCCAAGCAGCUGAUCCAGCCCAUAGCUGAGAAGAUCAUCGCCAAGUACAAAGCCAAAGAGGAGGAGGCGCCGCUCCUGUUCUUCGUGGCGGGGGAGGAUGACAUGACCGACUCCCUGCGAGACUACACCAACCUGCCCGAGGCCGCCCCCUUGCUCACCAUCCUGGACAUGUCAGCCCGGGCCAAGUACGUGAUGGACGUGGAGGAGAUCACCCCUGCCAUUGUGGAGGCCUUUGUGAAUGACUUCCUAGCAGAAAAGCUCAAACCAGAGCCCAUCUAGUGGGGCUCCGGCCUCGGGAGACAUUAUUUAAAACUCGGUCUUCUCCUCCUCCUCCUCUCCCCCUUCCUUCCCUCCGCCCAUGGACUCUCCCAGCGUGUCCUGAAUCACACAACCCAAGUGUCCAACCUCUCUUGUGGUGCCUUGUUUUCUGCAUUAACUCCUCAGCCAGCACCCUGGGUGCGCAUCCUCUCAGCAGCAGAAGAACCGCCAUGUUUGGAGACGCUGCUUGAGAUUCGCAGGGUUGCCGUAACCCGGCCAGGGCUGGGGCUGCGUCACUCCCUGUCACCAGGUGUUCCACCGAGCGAGCCUGGGGGACAGCGCGCGGUGCUCUGGCUCACACAGUUCAGUGGCACAGGUGGGGCAGGGACAGGGCCACUGCCUGUCAGGCCUUAGCUGAGAGCUUCUGGUGAGAAAGCCUUUCUAGGUGACUGUCUCGGUCUAGGGAAAACUAGCUUGUCCGUUGGUUCUUGGGCAAUUGAUCUUGGAUCUCAAAGGAAGCUUGUGUUCUUUUCUGGUGAGAAGGAAAAAAAAAUAGCUACAGUCAUGA